AUGGACGCCGAUCCAGCCGUCGACGACUAUCGCGCCGCCAUCACCGCUCCUCUUCCGUCCAUGCUCAACAGUACCGCCAUUCCCCUUGAAGAGGAUGCGUCUGGGGACCUCUCUGCAUCAUCCAACGAGGCGCUCACACUCACAUCCACCGUUUCGCGAGGCAACUACCAUCAGUGUGGCUCGGCUCGUCGCGUCAAGGUGUACGAGCUCAAAGGCGAGACCUGGUUCGACAGGGGUACAGGCUAUUGCGCUGGUGUCUAUGACGAGACCGUCGAUGAGGCUCUCCUCGUGGCACGCAGAGAAGAGAAGUGCCAGUUCCUCGAGGGCAUCGAUGUACCUGCCGAAGCAGAGGCGGACCCUGCCGAGCCAAUACUCGGCGCCGCAACUAGCGAAGAUGCGCCGACGGCCGGCGCACAAAAGGCUCCAACCACGCAGCCACAACCUUGCCAGUUUGUCGUGGUCGUCAGCGAGAACCUCGAGUCCGAGGACAUUCUGCUUGCUAGCAAGGUGGUAAAGGAGGAAGUCUAUCAGCGACAACAAGAUACACUUGUCGUUUGGACGGAGCCGACGGGCGUUGACAUGGCGCUCAGCUUCCAAGAGGCGGAAGGAUGCAACGAAGUCUGGGAGUUCCUCACCGAGGUGCAGAAACACUUCAUGGGUCUUGCCGAGGAAGCUCUCACCGACUCUCCACCGACCACGCCCAACCCUCACUCUCCUACAGGCGUGCUGGGCAUGUCAGCUUCCGGCUCGGGCCUCGAGCCACUACUCAACAUCCUUGGCGACUACAAGGGCUUGCCAGAACCCAGUCUCGCCAACCUUGAAAAGAUCGACGCUAUGCUGAAGGACACGACUGCGAGAGGGCCCAUGAUGCGCGAAAAGCUCACCACCUGGCUCAUGGAGGCACACUACAUUCGCAAGCUCGUGCCUUUCUUCCACACCGUCGAGGAGCUUGAGGCGCUUCCCUCGCUCCACAUGCUCUGCACCGUCAUGCAGACCAUCCUCUUGCUCAACGACAGCUUCCUCUUCGAGUACAUCCUGCAGGACGACGUCUUUCUUGGCGUGGUGGGCAUGCUCGAGUACGACCCCGAGUUCCCACGCCUCAAGGCAAACUACCGCGACCACCUCACGCAACGUGCACGCUUCAAGCAGGUUGUUGAUAUCGGCGAUCCCAUGAUUGUCGCCAAGAUCCACCAAACCUACCGCCUUCUCUAUCUUCGCGAUGUCGUUCUUGCGCGCGUCGUCGACGACCCCACCGUCUCGAUCCUCAACUCGUUCAUCUUUUUCCACCAGAACGACAUCGUCAACUACUGCUGUCAGAGCGAUCACUUCCUUGGCGAGCUCUUCCGCAUGCUCAUGAGUCCAGAUGAAUCGGAAGAGAGGCGGUCCGAGGGCGUCCUCUUCCUCCAACAGCUCUGUGCCAUGGGCAAGCUCAUCCAGCUGCCUGCGCGCAUUUCGCUCUAUCGCACCUUGACCGACUGGGGCCUUCUCAACGUGCUGCAAUACGCACUCGAGUGCCUCGGCCAAACUGCGCGCAAUGCGGCUGCCGAGAUCCUCAUGACCAUCAUCGAGUACGAUGCAAACAGCGUGCGCGCGCAUGUCGUGUCGCAGGUAGAGCUCAACGCGCGUCCUCUGGUCAGCAUGAUGAUCGACAUGCUGCACAACGAGCGCGAUCCCGGUCUCAAGACGCAGAUUGCUGAGGCCAUGCGCAUCAUCUUUGAUGUUGCCACCGAUGGUGGUCCCUUGGCGGCGCAGGCCCAAGUGCUCUCGGUACAGGGCCUCAACAAGGCCAAAGCAGACCCAGAUCGUUUCUUGACUUGGAUCUACGAAGCCGAGAUCGGCCGUCUCUGUUCGCCGUUCAACACGCUUCCGGACUUUCGCGUGCUGUCCAAAGGCGAAAAGCUGCCAUCGCAGCCGCGCCACCGAUCGGCGCUCUAUGGCCACCUCUGCGACCUACUGUGUCACAUGAUUGCGCAUCAUUCGUUCAGGAGCCAGUACUUUGUGCUCACAUCAGAGAUCUCGAAAAAGGUCGGAUCGCUGCUGCAUUCGCGCGAAAAGUUCCUUCGCCUUUCUGCGCUCCGCUUCUUCAAGUACUGCCUUGCCAGCAACAACCAGUUCACCAAUCGCCACUUUAUCAAGAUUGAGCUAUUCUCUACCAUUUUGGGGCUCAUCGAGGCAGAAGGAGAUCGCAACAACUUGGUAGCCUCGGCAUGCCUCGACUUUUUCGAGCACAUGAGGAGGGAAAACAUGAAGACGCUCAUCAGCCACUGCAUGGAACGUCACGGUGCUCGUAUGCGCCAACUCGCGGAUCUGCCUCACACUGCUCCCUGCUUCUCCUUGAUUGUCAGUCAGUGGGAGAAGAACCGAGAGCCGCUGCCGCAAUCAGAUGCAGGCAAUACUUCGCAACGGUCUGGCGACGCGGAGGAAAAGCAACGGCAGCAGUCGGAGGCUGGACGCGGUCAAUCGGGAAUUGCAGCUGCGGAUGCGGAAGAAGAGAGCUACUUCCAGGGCGAGGACGAAGGUGAUGGCAAAGGCGCUGACACGCGCAGCACGGGCACUUCGAUCAGUCUUGUUCCUUACGACGACGACGAUGACGAGAACGAGGAUGGUAGCGAAGAGACGUCGGUCGCCCAGGUCGGUCUCAAGAGGAUCGUCACACCGGACUCGUCGCCAUCGUCUUCGCCUAGCUCUGCGUCGCCUUCUUCGCUUACGAGGUUGCCCGAAAAACGCCGGAGGAUCGAAGAGGACGACGAUGCAGACGAUCAGCUGUCACGCUUGUCCAAGCGAAAGCCCACCCGUUCGUCCAAGAACAAGGGCACGAAUUUGUCCCAAGCACGCUCACCGCCCGGUGAUGACAACUCUAGUUCCAGCCCGCAGUCGACGCAGUCCCCCGGCGGAUUCAUACGCAGCAUGGCCAACACGAUCAGUAAUACAUUCGGUAGCAAUAGCGGCGAGAAGGGCGACCACUCUCGCUCGCCCUCACCGAAAAGAAGUCGGAAUGCCCGCUCAGACGAUAACUCGCCCUCAGCGAAGAAAGAUUCUAUGGCGCCGUCUGCCAGCAAGGACGCUGCUGCUGGUGCUGCCAACGCAGGCAAGAAUGGUGCAAGCAGUGGCGGUCUCGGCAUCAAAAGGAUCUCAUUAGGGCUCACGGGCUCGUCGAAGAAGAUGGGUGCGCAGUCGAAUGUUCGCUCGACGGACAAGUCGGAAGACGAGGAUUCCUGA